AUGUGGGCUGGAGACCAAAACGUCAAUUACGAGCCUGCUGAUGGUCUUCCGUCAGUGAUAACAGCAGCAUUGUCGGGAGCCGUCAGUGGAUUGACCAGAACCCAUUCUGACAUCGGAGGUUACACCUCCUUUUUCAUCGCCUUGCAAAGGGACACCGAAUUACUGAUGCGCUGGGCCGAACACGCCGUGUUUUCACCGGUCAUGAGAACCCACGAAGGUAGCAGUCCAGAAGCCAAUGAGCAAAUUUAUUCGGAUCCUGCGAUUCUGUCUGGGUUCGCACGGCUCGUGAAUCUGUACGUCACUUUGUCCCCGUACACAAAGGCGGUUCUCAGUGACAGUUUCAGCAAAGGUUAUCCCGUCAUGAGACCGCUUUUCUUCGAAUACGAAGACGACCCUAUUGCCUACGAACAGCAAUACCAGUACCUACUCGGACCUGAUUUGCUUGUUGCUCCUGUCCUUCAAAAAGACGCCGUGAGUUUUGAAUUGGAAUCUUCCUUAUCAUUGUCGGGAGCCGUCAGUGGAUUGACCAGAACCCAUUCUGACAUCGGAGGUUACACCUCCUUUUUCAUCGCCUUGCAAAGGGACACCGAAUUACUGAUGCGCUGGGCCGAACACGCCGUGUUUUCACCGGUCAUGAGAACCCACGAAGGUAGCAGUCCAGAAGCCAAUGAGCAAAUUUAUUCGGAUCCUGCGAUUCUGUCUGGGUUCGCACGGCUCGUGAAUCUGUACGUCACUUUGUCCCCGUACACAAAGGCGGUUCUCAGUGACAGUUUCAGCAAAGGUUAUCCCGUCAUGAGACCGCUUUUCUUCGAAUACGAAGACGACCCUAUUGCCUACGAACAGCAAUACCAGUACCUACUCGGACCUGAUUUGCUUGUUGCUCCUGUCCUUCAAAAAGACGCCGCGACUUGGGAAGUCUAUUUGCCGCCAGACGAGUGGCGGCACAUCUGGAAUCCUGAAAAAGUCCACAAAGGCGGCGGUUUCAUCAUUGUGGAAGCUCCUGUUGGCAAGCCACCAGUUUUCUUCAGGGACAAAUCAUCGUGGAAGCCACUUUUUGUACAUCGAAUUCCUAUCACUGCUGACGAAGCAAAUUUUGCAACAUAA